AUGAUCAAAUUAGAGACCAAAUCUGAAGGGUCUUCGAAGAGUCCAUGCGCUAAACAUAACGAGGAGCAGCGAGAAUCACGAAGAGUUUGCCUCAAAGAGAAAAUGCCAAGAAGCGGUUACAGCAAAAUAUCUAGUGAUGAUGAUGAAGAAGAAGUAAGUUUUACAUCCGCUCUUUUCUUUCGUUGGAUGAACAGCGUCCUCAACACAGGCAGUCAAAGACCUUUAGAUCAGGAUGACUUUUUACCGUUGCAAGAAGAGAACUCGGCCUGUUUUGUCACCGAGAAGUUUCGAGAAAGCUGGGAAAACAAGAAAGUUCACUGCAAGAAAAAUGGGAAAAAACCCAAGUUGUGGAAAAGCGUCUUCCAGAUGCUCUCUGUUGAAGAUGUCAUCAUUAUUUUGUUGGGAAAUAGUUUGUUUACAAUAUCUCGCCUUCUCUUUCCAUUGCCUCUCGGAUAUCUUGUUGCCAAACUAAUGUCAACUGAGACAGGCCAUUCUAUUUCCCUCUAUGCAUGCGCUUUGGCUUUGUGUUUCAAUGCUUUGAUCGGCAGUCUUGGAAUGCAUCAUCAAGACUAUAAAGGAGAAGUGUUGGGGAUUCGAAUAAGCAGCGCCUUGAGAGGUCUGGUGUACCACAAGACGCUUCUUCUCAGCAAGCAGACGUUACUGAAAUUCACAGCUGGACGCGUAAUUGACCUGAUAUCCAAUGACGUGAAGCGAAUGGAGGAAGAGACCAUCAAGUUUUUUUUCUUGACCAUUUUCGCAUUCUUUAGCACUGCGGGAUCAAUGUUUCUUAUCACAUAUUUGAUUAGCUGGCAGGCUGUAGUGGGAGUUAUCUUCAUGCUUUUUUACGAAAGAAUAAUCGAGGCUUGUGCUCUGAAGGAAGACAUCCAGCGGUUUCCCGAUGGCGACCUAACGAUUGUGGGAGAACGCGGUGAAGUUCUGAGCGGAGGGCAACAAGCGAGAAUUAGUUUAGCGCGCGCAGUUUAUGCUGACGGAGAUCUCUAUCUAUUGGAUGAUCCACUUAGUGCUGUCGAUUUCAAAGUUGGUCAACAUAUCUUUGAAAAGUGCAUGAAAGAUCUACUGGGUAACAAAGUUCUUCUUUUAUCCUCUCACCAUCAACAGCACAUGGAAAAUGCCGGCCAAGUGAUUGUGUUGAACAGGGGCCGUGUGCUGGAGAAGGGACGAUUCAUUGAGCUACAAGAACAAGGCAUAAUUAGCUCAAUUGUUGACCCGCAUUUUAAAGCAUCUAUGAAGAACAACACUGAGCCAUAUGAGACGGUUGGGUUGGAGACUAAGGAGAAACACGAUGACAUUGACAAAUGUCAGGAAAUACUUCCCCUGCCCAAUGCGGGCAAGAGUUUGGAGAUAGCACCGGAGGAUCGCACAAUCGGAGUGGUUACAUCCAAGCUUUAUUGGGACUACUUCACAAGUGGAGUGCAUCCCUUAAUUAUUAUUGGAAUGGGCGUUUUAUUUCUUAUCUCUGAAGCCGCCAUAGUUGCUCCGGACUUUUGGCUCUGGUUUUUAACAGAACAAAACCAAGAGGAUCAGAAAAACAAGACUUAUCUUUCUAUUUACGCCUGUCUUGUGAGCGUGUGUCUUAUAUUUACCGUUGUUCGAGCUUAUGGUUUCCUCCUGAUUUGUCUGAGGUGCGCCGAACGUCUGCACGAUAAAAUGCUUUUAGCUAUUUUACAAGCACCUGUUCUGUUCUUUGAUUCAAAUCCCGUGGGAAGAAUCCUAAAUCGCUUUGCUAGUGAUGUCGGCUGCGUGGAUGAGCUGCUACCCAAAACAUUCUUGGAAGCAGUGCAGAAUCUCUUGUCGAUAUCCAUCUUAAUUCUGAUAUCGAUUACCACAAAUCCUUGGCUUUUCUUUCUUGCCUUUCCACUGACGAUGAUGGUAGUGUAUAUUUCCAAGUAUUACUUGAAGACUGCCAGAGAGCUGAAAAGGUUAGAGUCGAUAUCCCGAAGCCCAGUGUUCUCUCAUUUUUCGGAGACUCUGGUAGGACUGGUCACGAUUCGCACCAGAGGAAGGCAGGCAGAUUUUGUGGAGACAUUUUACAGAUGUCAAGAUGUUCAUAAUCAGUCGUACAUUUUGGUGAUGGCCAGUGGUAGAUGGUUAGGAGUCCGUUUGGAUUGUCUCGCUUCCCUGUUAGUUGGUGCAGUUGCUCUGGCCGCAGUACUGGUCUCUCAAAAUGCCGGAACUGGCCAGGAGAAUUUGUUUCACAGUCAAGAGCCUCUUCAGUUGGUGAUCAUUUCCUUGAUUCAGGGAUAAUAUUGUAAGGAGAAAUCAGAUAUUGGUCACUCUCUUAAUAGUCCUUUAAAAAGAAACUGAGAAGGCAGUCAGAAGGUAGCGGCAGUAAGGCUGAGCAUCUUAAAACUUACAACAACAGCAGAAAUAACAAUAAUAGGAACUUAAUAGUGAAAUCAAUUUUACUUAAUUGGUCAUUUACUUGGUUCAGAAUUUUUAAAAUGACAC